AUGUUUAUAGACAGAAACGAAACAAGAAAUGCCUGGAAGGAAAUAUUUUUAGAAUUAAGACCGGAUUUUGAAGAGUUAGAGGACACAGAAAAAAACAGCUUUGGUAAAAAAGUCAUGAAGAAAUGGACUAAUGUUAGGGAUACGUUCAAAAAAUCUAUGAAAAAACAAAAGAGCGCUUCAAGGUCAGGGGCUGGAGCAACAACUAUAAAAGCGUACAUUUAUAAUGACCAGUUGAAAUUUCUAAAUAAAAUAUUGACUGAUCGUAAAACCGAAAAUAGUUUAAAAUCAAAUACUAGCCAAUCAGAUAAAUCAGAUGAGGAAGAAGAAACACUGGAAACUAAUAUGCCUGAAGAUAAUGCAUUAAACAACAAAGUUGCUAAGACAGGACCACCGAAAAAACGCAAAAUGGAUUCCGUUGAAUUAGAAAUGAUGAAAGCCCUGAAAGAAACACCCGACCGCCAUUUGUGUUUUUUAAAGGCAUAAUUCCCUCAUUAAGCUCUUUAGACGAAGAGGAAAUAUUGGAAUUUCAAACCACAGUAUUGCAGACGAUAACAUCUAUCAAACUACGAAAUAAAAUGAUUCCAUCUCGUCAACACAUUACUCAUCCUCAAGUUAAUUCCAGUCAGCAACCAAUAACUACAACUACAAGUCAUCUCUAUCCAAACAUGGUUCAUUCCUAUCCCAACAUAAGUCAUUCCUAUCAAAACAUUCCUAUCCAAACUCUUUCCCAUCAAACCAAAAGUUCAGCAUUGCCGAAAAGCCAGCACUAUGCCAAACACUCAAGUUGAAACAUUGCAACCUGUUCCUGCAACUUCAAAUGCACAUUCAGUCCGUCAGUUUUACGAAUCAAUUGGCGAAGUUAUUUCACCAUAUUCUGUGGAGAGUCAAUCAUCUCAAGAGUCAUUUGAUUUUUCUACUUAAAAUAUUUUUAUACCAUUUAAUAAGAGAUAGGUUACUAUUUAGAUUGCAUGGUCUGUUUAUAUAAAUAAAUAUCUUAAGUAUGGCUUUAAUAAACAUAUAACUUCUAAAAUU